AAAAAAAAAGAAUAAAAAAAAAUAUUAAAGAAAAAGAGAAAGGCGCGUAAAAGAAAUUGAAAAAUCAAUUAAGAAUUUCGUUUAAUUCGGACUGAAUUGAACUUGAAUUCAAACCAUAAACUUGCGGAAUCAUCACAGUUUGUUUGCGUUGUUUUUAUUUUAUUUUUUAUUUUUAUUUUUUUUUUAAUAAACGUACGUACACACCACAUGAUGAUGAUAUAAAUACAUGUGUAUUCUUCUCAUCUCGCAUAAUUAAUGAAUUUAAACUAAAAUCUGAUUAAAUAAGAAAAUAGAAUUUCACAAAAUAUAAUAUAAACAACAACAAUAAUAACAAAAACAGCUAGCCAGCAUAGCACAGCAAAGCACAGCACAGCACAGCACGGCACACACUCAACAAUCAAAUCAGACCUAAUAUAAACAAAAGUGAUAAGUAAGCACUUAAUUCAUUUAAACUACUACUGGCUAAACUGACUCGCUGAAUAAUCACGACGGAGAGAAGAAGAAGCAGCAGCAGCAGCAGCAGAAGAAGAAGAAGAAAAAGAAGAAGAAGGAGAAGAACCAUUAAUAUUUAUAUAAAUAUAUAUUUUAUAACGGAUUUGGACAGCGGAGAAAAUUUGUAAUUGUAUUUGUUUACCAUUUGACUGCGCCGCGCUUACUAAGCAAUAUAUAUACACAUCACCAAGAACGAGAACAUUUCACAAAAUUCAUCAAAUUUGUUAAAAAUCAAAUCAUAUAAUCAUAUAAUCAAAAAAAAAAAAAAAACAAAAAUAAAUAAAUCAAUAAAAAAAAUUGAGACCCUCUCUCUUCUGACAUCAUGGAUAAAAAUAUGAUGUUACCGAAACGAUCACGCCUGGAUGUAAAAGGACCGUUCGCAAAUGGGCCAAUGCAGGCAAGACCUCUGGUAGCCUUACUGGAUGGACGUGAUUGUUCCAUUGAAAUGCCCAUAUUAAAAGAUGUUGCCACUGUAGCCUUCUGUGACGCCCAAAGUACAUCCGAAAUUCAUGAAAAGGUUUUAAAUGAAGCAGUUGGUGCUCUUAUGUGGCAUACGAUAAUUUUAACAAAGGAAGAUUUGGAAAAAUUUAAAGCAUUACGCAUUAUUGUACGAAUUGGCAGCGGCACUGAUAAUAUCGAUGUGAAAGCUGCCGGUGAACUGGGAAUCGCCGUAUGCAAUGUUCCUGGUUAUGGGGUAGAGGAAGUAGCUGACACGACCAUGUGCUUGAUCUUAAAUUUAUAUCGAAGAACUUAUUGGUUAGCGAAUAUGGUGCGUGAAGGUAAAAAGUUCACUGGUCCCGAACAAGUAAGGGAAGCAGCACACGGUUGCGCUCGAAUUCGUGGCGACACUUUAGGUUUAGUCGGAUUGGGUCGCAUUGGCAGCGCCGUAGCCUUGAGAGCAAAAGCAUUUGGAUUUAAUGUCAUAUUUUAUGAUCCGUAUUUACCCGAUGGCAUCGACAAAUCGCUUGGUCUAACACGUGUCUACACUCUGCAAGAUUUAUUAUUCCAAUCAGAUUGUGUUUCGCUGCACUGUACUCUUAAUGAACACAAUCAUCAUUUAAUAAAUGAAUUUACAAUCAAACAGAUGAGACCUGGUGCAUUUCUCGUAAAUACUGCAAGGGGCGGUUUAGUAGAUGAUGAGACUUUGGCCUUAGCUCUAAAGCAAGGUAGAAUAAGAGCUGCUGCUCUUGAUGUACACGAAAACGAGCCAUUCAAUGUAUUCCAAGGCGCCCUCAAAGACGCACCCAACCUAAUAUGUACACCCCAUGCCGCCUUCUUCAGUGACGCAUCUGCUACAGAACUGCGAGAAAUGGCUGCUACGGAAAUACGGCGAGCCAUAGUCGGCAAUAUACCCGAUGUCUUAAGAAAUUGUGUUAAUAAAGAAUAUUUUAUGCGAACACCAGCAUCUGUAGCUGCAGCUGCUGCGGCAGUAUAUUCAGAAGCCCCUGAAUGCCCCAGACCCUAAUAACCAUCAUCCUUCAACAUCUAAACCAGAGUCAUCGGAGGUCCAAUAGUUCAAAAGCGUCAACGAUAACACCACCACCAUCACCACCCACUACAACAACAACAACAACAACAACAUUUAAAAGAAGAAAAGGACACUUUCUGAAGAAGUGAAAUAAAAAGCAGACGAACGAACCAACUAAAUCCAGCAAUAGUACUAAAUAUUCCUUGUUUAUUAAAUCGCCAAACUAUGAAACAAAAGAAGAAGGAAAAAAGAAACAAAAUGAGAACUCACACAACUAGGAAACACAACGUGUAUAAUAAUAAUACAUGAAUUUCUAUUAUUUUAUAUAAUAUUUU